AUGUCCCACUUCUCCGCUGGCGCCAAGACCCCAUCGCCAUCAUCGUCGCCCCCCAACGACCUCUCCGUGGGCCUCAAGAAGAAGCAGCACCACGUUUCCGAUCCCUUCCCUCAACUAGAUCGCAACAUCGACGCUGUCCGCCGACCUGUCACGCCGCCGUCACGGCCGGACUAUGGAACUCCGCCAGAAGGCUCCCCAAACGACACUCCUCCCCGACGUCAGCGCAGUUCAUCGCGACCACUGUCCAUGGUUCAGACCUACCAGCCGCCCGUCAUGGACAUCAACGAAGACACUAUUCCUGAGCUCCAGCCCAUCUUCACGCUGCUCAACAGCCACUCCAACAAACUGUAUCAGGAAGGCUACUUUUUGAAACUCGACGAUCAAAACACACAGGGCAAACCAAACUUGGACCGAACUUGGACCGAAUGUUUUGCACAGCUUGUCGGCACAGUCUUGUCGUUGUGGGAUGCCGCCGAACUUGAUGCGGCCGGCGAGGACGGCGAGGUCCUGCCAAAGUUUAUCAAUCUCACGGACGCUUCAAUCAAGAUGAUCGAAUCACUUCCUACUCGUUCCAACGAUGAGCAGCCAUUACAAAACAUUCUGAGCAUAUCUACUGCGGGCAGAAAUCGAUAUCUUCUCCACUUCAACUCACACCACUCUCUGAUACAGUGGACGGCAGGAAUUCGUCUUGCCAUGUUCGAGCACUCAACGUUACAGGAGGCUUACACCGGCGCCUUGAUUGCGGCCAAGGGAAAAUCACUCAACAACAUCAAUGUUAUCAUGGAGAGAUCACGUAUGAAGUCGGAGCAGUGGGUCAGAGUCCGCUUCGGUGCCGGUGUGCCGUGGCGUCGCUGCUGGUGUGUUAUUUCACCCCCGGAUGAGAAGGAAUACCAGAAGCAACAGAAGGAACUCAAAAAGAGGUCUGCCUAUGACCGGUCUCACGUCCCUGUUCUCAAGGGAGAUAUCAAAUUCUAUGAUUCCAGAAAGGACGGGAAAAAGCAGAAGAAGGCUCAACCGAUUGCCACCGUUACCGAUGCAUACUCGGCCUAUGCGAUUUACCCCCAGGCAAAAUCUUUGAUUGACGCUUCAACCCUGCUCAAAAUUGAAGGCCGCGUUACCGUCCACUCUGACCCGCCCUCAGCUACUGAAGGCUUCAUCUUCAUCAUGCCCGAGGUUCAUCCGGCCGUCAGCGGCUUUGAGAUGCUGCUUCGUUUCUUAUUCCCUACCUGGGACUCCUUUGGUCUGUAUGGCCGACCCGGCAGAUUGGUCGCAAGCGUUCUUGAUCCGCGAUCGCUCAUGUUUGCCAUGCCCAAACACAAGCGCUACGGAUAUCUUGAGAUCCUCGACGUUUCGACGCUGAUUCUGGAAGAAGGCAACCCAAAUCUUGGUGGCACGCAACAACAUGAUGCCCGAGCUGAUGGCUCACCACCACGGCACCAGCCUUUCCAUGGUGGAGGCCCUGCCGGUCAAAUGUCUCACGAGCCUGCAAGCUCUGAUGAAGAGCUAGGUGCAUCUCCGCCUCCUCCCAUGCAUAAUCUGGAAGCCAUGAGAAGUCUUCAGACUCCUGAGCCAGUUUCAAGCCCUCCAGCCUUCAAUCAUGGAUCGCAAGCUAGACCCACCAGCAACCCGUAUCACUCCCCUGAGCUCCGGCGAGCGAAUAGUCGGCUGUCAAGCUCGACACUUGCCCAAAUGGCCACGGCUGGUGGCAUGGAAACCGACAUGCAAGGCGGUCGUACACCCGCCAGCUACAGAGAUGGUGAGGAUGGUGCGCUCCGUGGACCCGCGGUAUACUCGCAUGACCACUCACUAGGAACUUACGCUAAUUCGGGCAAUCUUCAUGAAGCCCCCAACUCAGGAGACCCGGGACAACCACCUGCCACGAACCUGCCGGCCCCAACCCUUCCAAACCUAGACAUUCCAAACCAGCGAUCAAGAGGCCCCGUGGGACCCAUGGGGCCUCCCAGUCCCCACGGCCAGAAUCCCAAUUCACGUCCUGGCACCUCGGAAGGGCGUCGAUCUCCCUAUCCUCCAGGAUCAGGCCCGCCACGAUCACCUAAUCCUCCGCAGCAAGGCUUUCGACCAGACCAAGCUCGAUCUCCUCCUGGUCCCCCCGGACCGCCUGGGCCUUAUGGGCGCGGACGGCCCCAUCCAGGUCAAGGACCACCAAACGGUCCCCCUGGCCAGUAUGGUAACUAUCGACCUGCACCAGGCGGGCCGCCGCCGCCUGGUGGUCCCGGGGGCGGCCGGGGUGGCCCUCCCGGCAAUCCCCAUCGAAAACCAGUUCCACGACAGACCAACAGCAUCACUCCCGAUCACAUCAUUGAUCACUAUACCUCUGACCCGUAUCGCGGCCCCGUACCUGGAUAUGAUGCAAGGCCAGCCCCGCCAUCUCACAACCAAGGCCCCGGAUUUGACGGUUCACAUGGUACUCGCGACGAAGAUCGACCUCGUGCCGGCGUGUUGAAGACUGUAGGAGGUGGAGAACCUCCGUUACAGAAUUCGGAAUUCAAUAUCCCAGAAGUAAAUUUUGGCCCUACCGUUAAUUACGGUGCGUCGGCGGUGCCGCGGAAACAAGUCCCAGGACCUGUCGAACCUUCAAUGCGUAGUCAACCGCCAGGUUACUACCCGGAGUCGAACUCGAAUGCUCACGCACCCCGGCCAGGUCAUGGGAGACAGGAACCCGUGGACUCCGGCCAAAGAACUAUGGCUUGGCAGCCCGCGGGUACCUAUACUACGUCGGGAUCAGGAUCAGGACCAGGAUCCGGAGCAAGAGCGCUGACACCAGAUCAGUACGUCCAUCGAGCCGCAGCAAACUCGCCACAGUACGGCGGUAAUCUUGGAGUGGGAGGACCUGGAGCGAUGGGUGUCAGGACUCCUAGCCCCCAUCCGCCGUAUCCUGGCGCUGGACGCGGAGGCAGUGGCCCGCCUCCACCUCCACAUGGAGGCCCUGGAGGCAACCCUUCUCGACCUCUUGGCCCUCCGUCAUCCGGCUUACCUCCACAGGGACAAUACAACCAUGGUCAAGUCCCCAAUUAUGCUCCAUACCAGGGUCAGGCCUUUUAA